GAUUGGCAUUUAGAUCAAUCAGUGAAAAGCUUUUGGUCCCGUUUUGUUUGAAGAAACGGAGUGACUUGUGGAAAAAUUUCAGGGGAUUCUAAAAAAAUUGAGCUUCUCGGGAAAGUUUGAGCUGAAAGACAAUUGAAAGGUGUGGAAUUUCAGAGUGAAAAUCAAUCCAAGAUGAGUGGGAAAGAGGGGGUGAAGCUUGAAGAUGAUCAGGUCGCUGAAUUACAAGACAUUUUUCGAUCAUUUGAUUGUAAUAAGGAUGGGAGUUUGACACAACUUGAGCUCGGAUCACUGAUCCGAUCACUAGACCUCAAUCCUAGCCCGGAGCAGCUGGAGGCAUUGAUUCAAAAGGCGGAUAAGAACAGCAAUGGAUUGAUUGAGUUUUCGGAAUUUUUGGAGCUUGUGGAGCCGGAUCUUUUACCUGCCAAAAGUCCCUAUACAGAGGAGCAGUUGAAACAGAUAUUUAAGAUGUUUGAUAGGGAUGGAAAUGGAUAUAUCACGGCGGCGGAGUUGGCACAUUCGAUGGCAAAGUUGGGGCAUGCGCUUACUGUGGAGGAGUUGACUGGGAUGAUCAAGGAGGCGGAUACAGAUGGCGAUGGAUGUAUCAAUUUUCAAGAGUUUGCUAAGGCAAUUACUUCUGCUGCAUUUGAUAAUUCUUUGGGUUGAAGGGAAUAGGCAUGCCCUGAGCUAACAGGAGUGAUCAAGGAGGUCCACACGGACCACACCAAUGGAGGCAAUUAUGGAUUGUGCAAUUUGAUUUUACAAAAUGCAUGUGUUUGUGGUUGAGGCUGUGACUUUACAUGUAUGUGUUUGUGCUCACAUAUCAAGUGUAGUUCACUGGGGUUCUAUUAGAUAUAUCUCUAUAUGUCGACAACAGAGGAACUUGUAGAAAUUGGGAAUUUUUCUGUGGCUGCUGGGAGCUGAUUUAGGUUGAGUCACACGCUCCUCUUCUCCUCUUUCUCUAUACACGAGUAUAUAGAGGUUUACAAGAUUGUGAUUAGCAUGUCUUUUUUUGAAGAUAAGGAAGAACCUCACUUCUCUUUCCAUUUUCUUUUUUGUGUCAAAUUGUAACAAUCAUACAUACGUACAUAUGUGCAUGUUGCAGUGUAUAUG